AGACAUACACAGCGAGAGAGAGAGAGAGAGAGAGAGAGAGAGAGAGAGAGAGAGAGAGAGAGAGAGAGAGAGAGAUGGAUUUCAGUGAGGCGGAAGGAUUGGAAGGGCUGCGGUUUUCGUGGAACACGUGGCCGACAUCACGAAUAGAAGCGACGCGAGUGAUCGUACCGUUCGGCCUGAUGUGCACUCCUCUUCAGCAAGUGGCAGAGCAGGAGGUUCCCCGUCUUCAGUACGAACCUGUGCUUUGCAAGGGCUGCCGCGCUGUUCUUAAUCCUUAUUGCCGUGUGGAUUUCCAGAGUCGUUUCUGGGUUUGUCCCUUUUGCCAUCAACGAAAUGCUUUCCCGCCUUCGUAUGCCAGCAUCAGCGAGGACAACCUUCCCGCCGAGCUCUUCUACGGCAGCGCCGCCGUGGAGUACAUGGUUCCUCCUCAUCGCAGUCGUCCUUCUUAUCCUCCUGCCUUCCUUUUUGUCGUCGACACGUGUCAAUCUGACGAGGAAGACUUGGAGGCCUGCAAAGCUGCAUUGAAUCACACCCUGACCUUGCUCCCGGACCACGCGUUGGUAGGCCUAAUCAGCUUUGGAACGAUGGUUCAGGUGCACGACUUAGGGUUCAAUGAUUGCCCGAAGGCGUACGUUUUGCCAGGCGAUGCAGAGCUGCCGCCGGAGAAAGUGAGGCAGUUGCUAGGGAUAGAGGGAGGGGGGGGGGCAAGAAGUGCUAGUGCUGCAGCCGCUGCUGCUUCCCCUCAGCCACGUGGGUACUACCACGGAAUUGGAGUAGGAGGGGGAGGAGGGGGAGGAGGAGGGCGAAUCGGCGGAGGAGAAGUAGGGGUGGGUGGUGGUCCACGUGGCGGCGCCAUCGGCAAGUUCCUGAUGCCGGUCUCCGACUGCGAGUUUGCCUUUACUACAGCCGUCGAUGAUCUUCGACCUAAUCCGUUUCCAAUUCCCCGGGCACAUCGGCCUGUCCGAGCGACCGGGGCGGCGAUCGCGGUAGCCGUGAGUCUUCUGGAAACAGCGGUGCCUCAGUCGGGCGGGCGAGUCAUGGUGUUUGCCGCAGGUCCGUGCACGUGCGGGCCGGGAAAGGUAGUGGAUCCCGAUCUUGGGGAGAGCAUACGGACGCACCAAAACCUAAUCAACGAGGACGCUAAGUACUUCAAGCGGUCGCGGAGGUUUUAUCAGCAGCUGGCACAACGACUCGUGGAGAACGGGCAUGUUCUGGACCUGUUUGCUUGCUCACUGGACCAGGUGGGAGUAGCAGAAGCGAAGUCGGCGAUCGACUCAACGGGGGGGUUGAUAGUGAUGGCAGAGACGUUCUCCUCGCCGAUCUUCAAGAGGUCGCUGCAGCGAUUGUUCCGUCGGGAUCCGGACGGGCAUCUGGCGAUGAGGUUUGAAGGGACAGUCGAGGUCGCGACGACGAAGGGGGUGAAGGUCGUCGGAGUAAUUGGACCGUGUUCGUCGGCCAACAAGAAGAGCACGUGCGUCAGUGAGAACGAGUUAGGGAUAGGAGGGACGUGCGCGUGGCAGCUGUGCUGCCUCGACGAGAGGACGGCGCUGGCGGUCUUCUUCGAGAUCGUCAAUCAGCACUCCAAUGCGGUGCCGUACGGGGAGUCGCAUUUCUAUAUCCAGUUCACGACGCAGUACCAGAACGCGGAGACCGGGGAGCGGAGGUUGAGGGUGACAACCGCUGCCCGAAGGUGGGCGGCAGCGGCGGAAUCGUCGGGAACCGGGGGAGGUGGGGGGGGGGGGGGGGAGACCGCAGGCGGCGGCGGGUUUUUUGGUGGCGGCGGUGGUGGUGGCAGCAAUCAGCAGGCGAGUAUGAUUGCUGACGUGGCAGCGGGAUUCGAUCAAGAGGCAGCUGCCGUCUUGAUGGCCCGCAUUGCUGUCUGGAAGACAGAUCACGAGGAGUGCUUUGAUAUCCUUCGUUGGCUCGAUCGAAUGCUAAUUAGGCUUGCUGCCAAAUUCGGCGACUACGAGAGAGAUGAUCCUUCUUCUUUCCGCCUUGGCGCCAAUUUCACUCUCUAUCCCCAGUUCAUGUUUCAUCUCCGUCGCUCCCAAUUUCUGCAAUCUUUGAAUAACACCCCUGAUGAGACCGCCUACUUCAGGACGAUGAUCAAUCGGGAAGGGGUGUCGGGAUCGCUGGUCAUGAUCCAGCCUACCCUUCUUGCUUAUUCCUUCGAUGGUCCUCCGGUACCGGUCCUCUUGGACGUGACUUCAAUCUCCAAGGACAAGAUUUUGCUCUUCGAUUCCUGGUUCUAUCUCGUCAUUCACUAUGGUUCCCAAAUCGUUCAUUGGAAGAAAGAAGGCUACCAUAACGAUCCUGCGCACGAGAUGUUCCGCAAGCUUCUCGCUGCUCCUCUCGAGGAUGCAGAGUCGUUCAUUGCUGAUCGCAAUCCAGUGCCAAAGCUGAUUGAAUGCGAUCAACAUGGCAGUCAAGCGCGUUUCCUCCUUGCAAAGCUUAACCCAUCGGUAACCCAUAAUAGUGCACAAUACGGGGGGGGUGGUGGAACGAAUAGCGAAGUAAUCUUCACGGAAGAAGUUAGUCUCCAGUACUUCAUAGAUCAUCUGCAGCGACUCGCUGUUCAAUCGUGAUUAGGAAGAAGUUGUGUGUUAUGUGCUAAAGGAUCGUGAAAGGGAAGAUUGGUGCUGGGUGUAGUAAUCCUGAUUUGGAGGUAGGUUUCUGUCCUGAUUAGCAAUAGGUCACCAUCCUAUAGAGUGCAUCAACCAGGAGGAGGAGGAGGAGGAGGACGAGGAGGAGGAGGAGGAGAUUACAGGGUGCAUCAAUGGGUGCGAUCAAGUCGAUCGUUCGGGCUAUCAAUCAAUCAAUCAAUUGAUC